AUGGUGGUACACUGGGACGUGGCAGCACGCUCGGUGUUCCUGACAGAUACGCUGCAGACCAAGUUGGGCAACUUUGCUCGCCGCAAGCAACCGGACGACCGUUCACCUGAAGGCUGGUACAUGACGCCAGAGCAGGAACGCGUCAUGCGCUGGUCGCCCCCAGAGUGCGCCGGACGUGAAACAGCGCAGCGACGGCUCAACUCAGCUGAAGAUGUUUGGGCCUUUGGCUUUUUCCUCUAUGAACUAUUUACUAGUGGCAAGCUGCCUUACCGCGUAGAGGAAUGGCAGGACCAAAGCAAAGCCAUGGCUACCAUGCGCGAAGUUCAGCGCGGAGCCCUUAUGCCCCAACCUGCAGCAUGUCCCGAUGAUGUAUUCGAUGUGAUGGCUGAUUGCUGGAAUGCGCAAGCGCAUGCCCGCCCCUCGGCCACGUUUGACUCGUACCUCAGCUCUGACCCAGCCUAUGCGAGUGUCUACCAGCCCGUCAGCAGCGCGGACUAUCACAUGCCGGCAGCCUCCCCCAGUCUGCCCUUAACACAAGCAACUCUUUCGCAGCAUGCGGCUGCCUAUCAACCAGGCCUCGAACCAAACUACCAGACCAGCCACCCAGUUCAGCAGCCGACCUACAGUCACUUGCAGCAGCAGCCGCAGCCGCAGCAACAACAAUAUCGAGGGUAUGGUGGUUCGUCCUUGCACGCUCCCGAAUCAGCCUAUCAACGCGUCGGACCUGCCCCGGCACAGGGCCCUUCCCAUGGCUACUAUGCACCGCAUGGGAGCGCAGUUUAUCAAUCGGGAUACCAAACUUCGCCUAGCAUGCCGAAUGACCUGGCUAGCAACGCGGGCUCAGCGGGGGCACAGGGCCGCUACUUGGCCCGGGCGCAAGAAGAUGCCACGCGCCAGUUGAUGCAAGAGAACGACACACUCCGCUCCGAGACAUACUCACUUCCUUCUGGGUUGCAGAUGGAGACUUUGCGGCAACAGCUCGUGAAUGCGGUGCUUUCGGCUGCUGAGGAGUCUGGCGAGAAUCCAGAGCACCUCAUCUCCACACUGUCCACCCGUCAUGCUUUGCGGCGUGACGUUGCACCAAGCAUGCCACCACUGUACGGCUUUGAAGGCCGGGGACCGCCGGGGCAUGGCGGGGUGAGUGUUCACACGCCCACGGGCACCACGCCGACGAACUUGGAAGGCGUGGUGCACGCUCCCGUCAUGAAUCACAUCAGGGGCCAGCAUGCGUCGCGUACGCAACCUGCAAGUGGCGAUUACAGUAGCACCAGCGAGCUGCCCAGCGGCCGAAACUCCAUCUCUCGCGCCCCAGCAGCAGGGGCGGGGAGCAAUCGGUCAUCGAUGGCCAUGCAAGGGUCCGAUCUGCGAGCUGGGGCGCCGCCCGUUGCCAGCGUGAAGCAACAACCGCAAACAAGCUCUUCUCAGUCUUUGGGACACUCGCAGCAGCAAGAACAACUGCAGCAGCAGCAAACACCUUACCGGCAGCGAGGGGUUGCUGGGUCAAAUGGCGUUGACUCCAACAUUCAGGACGGAUCGCUGACCCUGACUUCAAGUGCACUGCGUCUCAAGAACCUGGACAAAAUGGAGCAAUGCUUGAAUGAGCGCUACUUGCUGCGCGAACAGCUCGGGCGGGGUGCCUCGGCUCUGGUGUACCGCGCGGUCGACCUGCGCCAGGCACAAACCGUCGCCGUCAAAAUCAUGACCAAAUCCACCGGCAAGCACGAAGCCAGCCACGAGGCCAGCACGGCCCACCGCAUGCAACACUGCGGUCACACGGCCAAGAUCUUGGACCAGUUUCAGGCUCAAUUCGAGGGCAAGGACGUUCAUUGCUUGGCCAUGCCUCUGAUGAGCAACGGCGCCCUCUUUGAACGCGUCUGCCCCGAUGCUAAACAGCCCCUUACCGCUCGCGACUCCAAACGCUGGAUUCGCCAACUCAUCACAGCCGCCCAGGCAUUUGAGGCCGCCGGCCUCGUUCAUGGCGACAUCAAGCCCGAAAACUGCCUCAUUGACGAAAACUCCAACCUCAUCCUCCAUGACUUUGGCACCGUCGUUCCCGCUGGCUUCAAGUACUCAAGCCGCAUCGCCGGUACCGAACUAUACAUGGCGCCAGAGCUUCUCUCCCGCAGUGCCUGCCACACUUCUCAGGAUGUUUGGGCCAUCGCCUUGACCUGGUAUGCCAUGCUCUUUGCCGACCUGCCCUGGGAUCGUGCUGACAAGCACGACCCCAACUUCAACCUGUACAUCUCUCGGGGUGCGCUCGCCGUCGGACCUCGUCUGCAACUCCUCUCCUCCAAGCUCCGCAACCUGCUCUUCCGGAUGCUGAACCCCUGCCCAUCACAGCGUGCCACUCUAGCCGAGAUGGCCGCCUUUUUGGAUCAAGACCAGCCCUGGUUUCGCCGUGAGGAACAGUCUCGCCGCCGCCGUAUCAUCUCCAAUUCCACCGGCAGCCGUGCUAGCCACGACAGCGGCAUCACGUGCGGCUCUCCAGAGCCAGCCGGUUGUGACUCAGGCCGCAGCUCCCCAGACAUGGCUCCCAGCCCCGAGCCCCUUACUUCAUCAAAACAAGUCUUGUUCAAGAAGAACGGCGCGCACUCUGAAGCCCGCGUUCGUACCACCGUCAUGUAA